GUUGUCACUGUGUGUAGAAAUGUUACCUCAGCUCUCUAGUGAUAAAAGUGCGACUGUGUAAUGGACGUUUUAUCCGAAGCGAAGUCUAAACCACUUUCCUCUCUGUCUGUAUUCAGCUUUAUACCAGCCAGAAGGACAGAGCCCAAAGAAAUGCGUUAUUUCAACUGCAGCCCCAGGGCCCCAGAGAGGUCUCUAUAUGACUGUUUACAUCAGAGCACUGAGGGCUAUGAUAACAAACUCCACCGAGAUGACAGAGAGCACGCCAAAUCCCGAGGCCUGGACAUCUUCAGUGAGGAAUCAUCUAGACCAGCACCAGUUCUGUCGUCAUCAGAGUAUGGCCAAUAUUCUCCACUACAGUCCGACUCAGGGGGGAGCUUUGCUCGUGUUGCUCACAUUCGUUCUGAUUUCUACAGCAAGAAUGGAAUCACCUGGACUGUGGAGGAAGGCUAUGGAUCUGUGACACCCGUCUAAACGUGUCUCUUACUCAUGGUCACAUCUUUGAGCGCACAUUACAGUUAAUGUCAAAACAAAUGUCUGUGCAUUUACUGUA